AUGAUCGACCACCGUAUUUUCGAGGAUCUCCAGACCAAAAUCGACGAGGAGACCUCCGUUCGUGACGAACUGCACGAGAUUGUGCAGACUCUGGCCAGGAAAGGGCGGUCGACCCAAGCAGUCUUAGCUCGAGCUCAUUCGACGCCAGCUGAUCAGCUGAAACCCGUGCUGGACAAUGUCACCACGGAAAUCCUCGCCCAGAAGCAAGAAGUCGCGCGUCUGAACGCCGUGGCCAAUAAACACCCGUUCUACAAGUACAAUGGGGUGUGGUCGCGAGAAUUGCAGAACCUGGUGACCUCCAUCGAGCUGUGCUCCUGGUUGGGAGGACUGCAGGAGUACAAGGCGGGUUCGUUCAUGACUAUCGAGGAGGUUGGGAAGUUCCUGGAUAUUCCGGUGAAUCUCAAGGAACAGGAUGCCUUCCAUUUGACGAUCGAGGAGUACCUCCUUGCGCUCAUUGCCAUGGUCGAGGAACUGUCGCGUCUGGCAGUCAACUCGGUCACCCUGGGUGACUACACACGCCCCCUCCAGAUCGCAAACUUCAUCAAGGAUCUCUUUGCGGGCUUCCAGCUGCUGAAUCUGAAGAAUGAUAUUCUGCGCAAGAGGAGUGAUGGAAUUAAAUACAGUCUUAAGAAAGUCGAGGACGUGGUGUAUGACCUGUCCCUGCGAAACCUAAUUCCAAAGGGCGGUGGUGCUGCUUGA